AUGGCCGCCUCAGUGCGCGGCACGCCGGCCAAGGGCGCCGCGGCGGGCGGUGCGGGCGCGGCAGGGUCCUCGUCAGCCGUCGGACAGGACUCCAUCAAUGCCUUCCUCGACCGGCAGCCGCAGACGACGCUCAGCCGCCUCUACCAGCGGCCCGCCAACUGUCUCGCCGUGUUCCGUCUGCUGCCUACGCUGGCGCGCCAGCAGAUCAUGGCGCUGCUCUUCCUCGACGCGCCGUUGCCCGUCAAGGAGGCCAGUGUGUGGAUUCGCAGCGAGGGACGCAAGCCAUACGAGGCGGCCAUGGCGCGUCUCGACACGCUUGGCAUCGUGCGUGUCAAGAACGAGAAGCUGUUCAUAAGCAGCGUGUUCUGCGAGAACAUGCGGCGGGCGCUGACUGGCGGCGGCGAUCAUCGGUCCUUCGGCGUGCCUUGCGAUACGGAGGACAAGAAUGCAGUGUCGGUCGCCUUCCUCGACGACUACGCGCGCGUGCGGUGGGAGGCCAUCCUGCACUACAUGGUCGGCACCGACGGCGCCGACACGCCGCGGCCGCCGGUGCUGUAUCUGCUGCGCAUGUCUGGCCUGAUGCAGUACGCCUCCUCGAAGCAUCCGGACGACAGCGACCUGACGAUCACGUCGCGCGGCUUCCAGUUCCUGCUCGAGGACGUCAACACGCAGCUGUGGGAUCUGUUCCUCUCCUACCUCGCCAUGGCAGACGCGCGGCACAUGGACCUCGUCGACGUGCUCUCCUUCCUCUUCAUGCUCGGCAGUCUGCAGCUCGGGCAGGACUACUCGACGGAAGAUCUGCCCGACACGCAGCUGCACAUGCUCGAGGACUUCCGCGACUACGGCCUCAUCUACCAGCGCAAGAGCAGCAGCCGCCGCUUCUAUCCCACGCGCCUGGCCACGACGCUGACGAGCAGCGCCACGCCGCUCGUCGGCGGCGAGGGCGGCAAUGAGGAGCGCGGCUUUGUGAUCCUCGAGACGAACUACCGUGUGUACGCGUACACGAGCAACCCACUGCGCAUCAGCGUGCUCAGCCUGUUCGUGACGCUCAAGGCGCGCUUCCCGAACCUCGUCAUGGGCACGAUCAACCGCAACAGCGUCAAGGGCGCGCUGUCGAACGGCAUCUCCGCCGAGCAGAUCAUCGCCUACCUCACACACCACGCGCAUCCGCAAAUGCAGAAGAACGACCCGCUGCUCCCGGUCACGGUCACCGACCAGAUCCGGCUGUGGGAGCGCGAGAAGAACCGUGUUGCCUCUGCCGCAGGCAGUCUCUUCACCGACUUCUCUUCGCUUGCCGACUUCACGAUGGUCCGCGACUACGCAGCGCAGCUCGGCGUGCUGCUGUGGCAAAACGAGGCGCGUCGCCUCUUCUUCGUCGCCGCUGAGGGUGACGAGGCCACGCGCGACUUCAUCCGCCGGCGCCUGCAAUCCUAG